GCCAGUCGGACUUCCGGCGGCUGAGCCGAAAGCAGGGAGGAUGGGGGAGCCCCGGGAGAGCGACCCAGGGCCGCCAGUGCCUCCGCCGCCGCUGCCGCUGCGAGGGGACCCGGAGGAGCCCAAGCAGGGGUCUGUGCUGCUUCUUGGAGGCAAUGAAGUAAAAAGCAGGGCUGUAGUAAAGUAUUCAUCUGCUCCACCGCAAGCGGCUUUUGCCCGUCUUCAAGAGAAGACCGACCUGAAACUUCCUCCUGCAAACUGGUUACGGGAAAGUGCCAAACUUGGAGCAGCAGGUGCUACUAUUCUUGGCAACAGCAAGAAAAGCAAACCAUUUUCAAGCUUUGGUAUGGCAUAUGAUUUUAUUGACUCAAUUGGAAAUGAUGUGGACGUUGUAUCAGAUUCUGAGAACAUUAAAAAACUUCUUAAGAUACCUUACAGUAAAUCACAUGUCAGCAUGGCAGUACAUAGAAUUGGGAGGACUCUUUUAUUGGAUGACCUAGACAUUCAAGAGCUCUUCAUGAGAUCAUCACAGACUGGAGAUUGGACUUGGCUAAAAGAAUUCUACCAGAGAUUAAUAGAUCAGAAGUGGCAACGAAAGAAGAAGAGCAAAGAACACUGGUACCAGAAAGCUAUACUUUCCAAAUUUUUAUAUUAUAGCAUUAAUGGUGAUGGAGCUGCUCAGCCUGUUCCUACUUCAGAACAGCAACAGGAAGAAACAACUGAGGAUGAAACUGAUGACGCAGGAAGGGUUUCUUGGCCAGCCCCUUUUGAAAUGCCUUCUUCACUUUCUGAAGAUGCAAGUACUUCUAAUCAGGGAAGUGUGCCUUUUGAACCCUCAUAUGUAGUGGGGCAUGUGGCCUCAGCCCCCAAAGAACAAAACGUAACUACUUUGUUCAAUGACGGGGAAAACAGUCAGGGUCUAAAAAAUGACUUUGUUCGAAAUAUCUUGUGGACAUUUGAAGAUAUUCACAUGUUGGUUGGUUCAAAUAUGCCUAUAUUUGGAGGAGGAAGGUACCCUGCUGUGAGUCUACGUCUCAGGGAUAACAAUAAGCCAAUUAAUGUGCUAACAGGCAUUGACUAUUGGUUGGACAACUUGAUCUGUAAUGUUCCAGAACUUGUGAUGUGUUUCCACGUCAAUGGAAUUGUUCAGAAAUAUGAAAUGAUUAAAACAGAGGAUAUACCCAAUUUGGAAAACUCCAACUUUUCCACCAAAGUAAUAAAAGAUAUUGCUCAAAAUAUUUUGUCCUUUUUGAAAUCGAACUGUACCAAAGAAGGGCAUACCUAUUGGCUAUUUAAAGCAAGUGGAAGUGAUAUAGUAAAGCUGUAUGAUCUGACCACUUUGUGUGAAGAAACAGAAGAUAAAUACCAAAACCCUUUCACAAUGCCAGUUGCAAUUCUUCUCUAUAAAGUUGCUUGCAAUAUGAUGUUGAAGAAAAACCAAAACAGGAAACAUUAUGGUACUAUCAGAACUUUACUUCUUAAUUGUGUGAAGUUACUUGACAAAGGUAGACAUCCUCAGAUUAUUGCUUCAGCAAACUACAUGCUCUCAGAACUGUUUCAGCUGGAUGAGCCAAAAAAAGAUGAAGGUGGUGAGUUUCCUUUAAAUGGUAACUCUGAUGAAAGCUACAGUGAGGAAGAGGAGGAAAUGCCUGAUAGUGAUGAAAAUGGUUCCUAUAGCACCAAUUCAGAUCCUCCAGAUGACAACAAAGCAGUUGCUGUAAUCAAAUCUGUUGGAGAAUUGUCUGUUCCUGAAAAGUACAAAUCUAUUCAUCAAAUACGUCCUAGUUGUGCAUUUCCUGUUUGCCAUGACACUGAAGAGCGGUGCAGACUAGUACUCAACUAUGUUCUUGAGGGCUUAAAAUCAGUGGACAGUAGCAUCAAAAAGGAGGGUGAUCUUCCUGCAGCAGACCCUAAUACUCCCAUUCCAUUAAAAUAUGAAGAUGAAUCAACAGGGGUUGGUGCCGAGUGUCUUGAAAAACAAAUGGCAUUGUUUUUAGAUAAAAUGGGCUCAUUUCAGGAAGUUAAACAUUCCAGCCAGUCAGGAAUGAUCCCUGGAUCCUGGCAGUACAAAAUGAAGCUUCAGCUGAUUUUGAAGUCUUCAAAGGCUUAUUACGUCCUCUCUGAUGCAGCUGUGAAUCUUCAGAAAUAUGGAAGAGCAUUACGGUACAUAAAACUAGCUUUACAGUGCCAUGAUACCUAUUGCUGCCUCUGCACGAACAUGCUUUCUGAAGUACUCCUAUUUCUUUGUCAGAGUUUAACUCUUUGUGGUGAUAUCCAACUAAUGCUGGCCCAAAAUGCAAGUAACAGAGCUGCAUAUCUUGAAGAGUAUAAUUAUCAGACAAAAGAAGAUCAGGAAAUACUGCAUAGCCUUCAUAGAGAGUCCAGCUGCCAAGUAUUUUCUUGGGCUACUGACUUGUCUACAGAUUUGGAAUGCCAGCUUUCAAUUAGCUGCAAAUGCUAUGAGGCAGCUAAUGAAAUUCUGCUUUUUAGUAACUUAAGAGAGCAAAAUCCAGAGCAGUAUACACAAGUACUGAAGAGAAUGGGCAACAUCCAAAAUGAAAUUGGAGUAUUUUACAUGAAUCAAGCUGCUGCUUUACAGAGUGAAAGAGUGGAGAACAAAACGGUAUCUGCAGCAGAACAGCAACUUUGGAAGAAGAGUUUCUCAUUUUUUGAAAAAGGAAUCCAAAAUUUUGAAUCUAUUGAUGAUGCAACCAACUCUGCUCUGCUUCUUUGUAACAUGGGGAGACUUAUGCGGAUUUGUGCUCAUGCUCACUGUGCUGCCGGAGGAGACUUUAAAAGGGAAUUUUCCCCUGAAGAGGCUCUUUACUAUAAUAAGGCUAUUAACUACUAUCUGAAGGCCUUAAGAUCGCUGGGUAAAAGAGAGGUUCAUCCAGCUGUCUGGGAUUCUGUCAACUGGGAACUGUCCACUACCUAUUUUACUAUGGCAACUCUGCUACAGGAUUAUGCUCCAUUAUCCAGGAAAGCUCAAGAACAGAUAGAAAAAGAAGUUAGCGAGUCAAUGAUGAAAUCCUUGAAAUACUGUGAUGUUGAUACAGUAUCUACACGGCAGCCCCUUUGCCAGUACCGAGCAGCUACAGUUCACCACAGGCUGGCUUCCAUGUAUCACAGCUGUUUGAGAAACCAGGUUGGUGAUGAGCAUCAGCGUAAGCAGCAUAGAGUCCUAGUUGACCUUCACUACAGUAAAGCUGUGAAGUUUUUUCAAUUGCUCAAGGAUGCACCAUGUGAACUCCUUCGUGUACAGCUGGAAAGAGUAGCCUUUGCAGAAUUUCAGAUGGCAAGUCAGAACAGCACUGCUGGAAAGCUGAAGACUUUAUCUGGAGCUUUGGCUAUAAUGAUACAGUCUCAGUCUGUAUUUCAGCUUAUCAGAAAAGAACUUCUUGCUGAACAUGAGCAGAGGCUUGAGGAUGACAAAAACAAACUUGAAAAAAUUCCCACUGAAGAUCCCUCCACUAAUCUCAAUAAGGAAGAAGUGUUAAAGCUCCUUGGAAUAUUUGAAUCUAGAUUAUCCUUUCUCCUUCUUCAGUCCAUCAAGCUUCUUACAUCAACUAAAAAGAAAGUUGGAGCUAACAGUGAAGAGGAAGAAAUUUUGAAGGUCAAUAAGUACGUUUACUCACUCCUUUUGCGAUCUGCAGCAAAGAAAAACUUGACUCUUCUAGAAAGAACAGAAGCUGUUUUAAACCUCUUGCAGCAGCUGACUCAGGACGAUGAAGGCAAUAAUUUGGGAAAUCAGUGACCUAACUUAAUGCUGGGACAUAUUACAGCUACUGAAUCAGUGCCUUGCUCAAAAAGUAUUUUGUUCUGUAUGGGCUGCUUGAUUUUAUUUAUAUUGUUACAUAUUUAAACAAUUGUACAGCUGGAAAAACAAACCAUCACUAUAUUUUGAAUGUUGUUCCAAGUUAGUAUAUUUUGUUGCCUCAUUUUAAAGUGCUAAAACAGAAAUGUACAGUUCAUUUACCUGCACUGUAAUGGGUUUCAUAGAGUUCCAAAGCAGAAUGAUUUUGGUAGCAUACAGUAGUCCUGUUCCAAUAAAAUUUAAUUUAACUGUUUUUGUAAACAUUGUUGAUAAACAGAAUAUCUUUUGAAGCACA